CCAAUUUUUCCAUUUUUUUCCUGCCUUUCCACUGAUUUCCUUUUUAUCGUUGUUACUAGUUAUUGAUGAUAUUGCUACUAUGAUGGUGGUGACUGUGACUAUGAUGAUGUGUUGCUGAUGAUGGUGAUUUAAAAAAAAUGACUGCUGAUUUUUAACCGGAUGAAAAUGGAGUUUUUCUGAGUGGUCCUAAACUGACUUUGGGCUUUUAACCCCUUGGGGGGGGAAACUCAACAAGGUUUUUAAAGCACAUUUUUUAAAAUUAAAAAGUGGAUUGAUCACGUUAACUCUUUUCCCCCCUCCCUCCCUGAUUACCUGGCUGCUGAGAACGGAACCUGAUUUCUCCAGAACUUGUUUGAACAUUUCAGGAAUUUCCUGCACUUUUUUAUUUUUUUAUUUUUAAUUUUUAAUAUUUUAUUUCUAUGCAAUUUUUCAACUGUUGCUGCAAUGUGUCUGUGGUGCUGAUCGCUCCCUAGCAGUGACAGCCCUUCCCUGGUCAGACCUCACCCCUUCCAUCUCCCCCCCCCCCCAGUUCCCACCCUGGCCUUCUCCUCCACACCGUCCCUCCCUUACAAACACCAUCAUGGAUGCCCAGAUCGGAGUAGCAGAGGCAGCUGCCAGUGGAGCCUCGCACGGAGCAGACACAAACCGGUCUUGGCUGAUGGUCCGUGCUCCUGCUGUGCGCGUGAGCCAUGGCCAGCAACGUCACCAACAAGACGGAUCCCCGCUCCCUCAACUCGCGUGUCUUCAUUGGGAACCUUAACACUCUGGUGGUGAAGAAGUCCGAUGUGGAGGCCAUAUUCUCUAAGUAUGGCAAGAUCGUCGGCUGCUCUGUGCACAAGGGCUUUGCCUUCGUGCAGUAUGUGAACGAGCGCAAUGCUCGCGCUGCUGUGGCGGGCGAGGACGGCAGGAUGAUUGCCGGCCAGGUCCUAGAUAUUAACCUGGCUGCUGAGCCGAAGUUGAACCGGGGCAAAACCGGGGUGAAGAGAUCGGCCACAGAGAUGUACGGGUCAGUAGCCGCACCACCUUCUCCGUCCCCUCUAGUCAGGUCAUCUUUUGACCUGGACUAUGACUUCCAGCGUGACUACUAUGACAGGAUGUACAGCUACCAAGCACGGGUGCCGCCUCCACCGCCUAUUGCCAGGGCCGUGGUCCCCUCCAAACGCCAGCGGGUCUCUGGCAACACCUCCCGCAGGGGCAAGAGUGGCUUCAACUCAAAGAGCGGGCAGCGGGGAUCGUCUUCCAAGUCUGGAAAGUUGAAAGGAGACGAUCUGCAGACCAUUAAGAAGGAGCUGACCCAGAUCAAGCAGAAAGUGGAUUCCCUGCUGGAGAGCCUGGAGAAGAUAGAGAAAGAUCAAAAACUGAAGAAUGACAAAUCUGAGGAAGAGCAAAGCAGCAGCUCUGCAAAGAAAGAAGAGAGCAAUGUCAAGAUGGAGUCUGAGGCUGGGGCAGAUGACUCUGCUGAGGAAGGGGACCUGCUGGACGAUGAUGACAACGAAGACCGGGGAGACGACCAGCUGGAGUCCAUCAAGGGGGAUGAUAAGGAGCCCGAAGAAGGCGAAGAUGACAGAGACAGCGCCAAUGGCGAAGACGACUCCUAAGAGCCCAGCACCUCUCCUCCUCCUCCCCCUCCUUGGCAAACACACGUUCUUCUGAUAUUGAGCCUCUCCUCAGCCCCUUGCCGGCUGCCUCCACACUGCCCUCCUUCCCGCCCUCCGUCUCCCUCCGCCCUGCGUGUUCAUGAUGUUGUGUCUUCUGUUGCAUCCGCCCCUCCUCCCCACAUCUGCCCACACUUUCCUAGUAGUUCUGUUAAGACCCCUGUAAUUUUCCUCUUUUAAUUUUGAUACCUCUUUAUUGACUUAACAAUUAAAAAAGGACGUAUUGUUUUUA